AUGACGACGCAAGAAGGCCAGACUAUCCCGCCGCUGGAACAGCAGGAGAAGACGGCUGGCACAGGCAUGGAUGCUGGUACCAGCGCAACUCUCCCUGCUGAUGGCCAAGUCGCUCCAGCAGUCACGACGGCUCCUGUUCCGCCUCCUGCGUCUCCUGUUCCGGAUCCAGUGGCGCCUGCGCCUGCGACUCCGGCUGCGUUUACCUCUGCUGGAGGGGAGGAAGAGGACGAAGUUGAUGAUGAUGGAUACUUAAGUGACGACCCGGAAGAAGGCAUUGAGGUCCAUGUUAAGGGUGCACUGGCGGCUAAGGCGCGCGUUACGCUGAUGCUCCUGAUCCCGUUCGAGAUGGCGAAGGAGAUGCCUGCGGUGAAGCCUUCGGUGAAGGCGCUUCUGGUAUUCCUGCGGAAGAAGUUGUCAGACAAGGCUCUGGACGAGAUCGCGUUUCAGGAGCUGCUUCCGACGUACCUCUCCAAGAUUCACUUCAGUCGCCUGCAAGUCACUCUCGCGACGGCUGAAGAUGCGGAGGUGUCGGCAGGGGUGGUGAGGAAGAUCCUUCGCGACCCGGCGCUGGUCCUUAUCUCGACGGGAGCCAACGUGGAAGAAUGGCUGUGUGUCCAGGAGUGCUGCGAGCGUGCAUAUGGCGACUCCUUCGCUCAGGCUGUGGCUCAUAUUGGCUCCUUCAGUCAUGGUGCGGCGCUGGGUUCAGCAGGUGUGGCGACCCGCAUGACCAAGGCGAAGCAGAGCCUGCAUGCGGCGAAGAAGCUGUACGGGAUUCGUGCAGAGAAGGCGAAGGGAAAGUAG